ACGAAAAAAAUACUGCGCUUCAAAACAAUGACAGAAAAACCUCGUGUACUUCUGAAAUAGCCUUCCGAUUUCAAUGAAAACUGUUUCAAAUAGACUCUUAAAAUAUGUUUUCUAUCACAAAGAGACUAGAACAAGCUCAACAAGCUGCUUUCCCUAAGGAACAUCAYGAAGAGGAGCAUGUGAAAGCCGGCCGAAACGCAGAGAGCACUGUUGUGGCGAACUUGAGACUUUACAGUGGUCUUGAUAUUACGUCAAUCUUUUGCGGCCUUCGCGUUCCCGACGAAUAUCAAACAAGAAAGCAAGAAAUUGAUAUUGUUUUACUUCUUAGUACUGGAAUAGUGUGCCUUGAGGUGAAAAAUCUGGGUGGAAGUAUCAAAGUUAGUGAAGAUGGCCAUACUUGGGUUCAGACGAAAAAGCGAAAACUUGGCGACAACUCAUAUGUCGCAAACUUUAUCGAACACGACAACUGCACCACUUUGAUAAAAAAGAAAGCUCUCCUUCUUAAAGAACAUCUAUUGAGGAAAAGCGUAUUCAUAAACUCCAAUCAACUAAGGCACUUUGUUGUUUUGGUUAACGAGAACUCUGAAUUAGAUGAUAAAAUACGCAACGACCCUUCKGUAAUUACSCCAGAAAAGUGCGAGGGUUUUUUCAAGAGCUUUCGCAAAGGCUAUGUCGAAGCCUUUCAGGAAAGCCUUACUCCUUCUUUCGUUUCAGGAAAGCUAUCAUACACUCAGAUUAAUGCAGCUCGAGCUGUUCUAUCCACGAUAGGAACUUGGGAUAUAAUCGAGUUACACGGAGGGAAAAGAUUAUACGGCGACUUAAAAGAUCUCCCUGGCGUCUCAGUUGAACGCAACAAAGUUGAAGCACUUGAAGUAUCACAUCAGAGAAAUUACACACUGGGAAUGGUUUGGGCUGCUGUGGGCUACACACCAACAGUUACUGUAUCUCUGCUUGAACGAGACGGUAGUGGCUGGCUAUGGAACACAUACGUUGCAGUGGUCAAAAUCCCCUACAACACUGAGGUUGUGUUUAGGGUUUGUGGUGAUGAAGUGGAUUCAAAGGUUUCAAUCAACGAUGUUAUAAAGAUACAAAUAUCGAAGUGAGGUGAAAAGAACCAUAAAAACAGGAGUUCUGAGGCAUGUGAAGUAAUAAAACACCUUUUCACAAAUGCCUGCUGUUUUAAUCUAAUUUACAGACACCAAAAUGUGUCUGCAAGUAGAUUYUGUAUAUACAGCAUCCUUUGAUAUAAGUCUUAUCUGCUUAUAGCAUUUCCAAUGUCACCUUGCAUACGCMUGAUGUCAAAAUUAAGUGACAUGUUUAUUGUUGGGCUGGAGUAGAAAUUUGUAUGAUAUGUGUACAUAAAGGACUAGUUUGCCUUUACUGUUAGUAAAGUUUCAUGGUAUUAAUUCCUAAAUACAUUAAUAUAAUGCUGAAUUAAUAUAAUUUUGAUAGUGCACAAUGUAUAGUUGCGCUUUUGCUGUUAUAAAUGUGUGAAAUAAAAUUUGAUGUUGUUUUUA